AAGUCUUCCACACUCAAUAUCUCUUCUUAACAGAACAUUGCCAUAAAUAAAAACAUAAUAAUGUCAUCCACUACAAUUGACGAAGUCAUCUAUCAAACAGACAAGGACUAUGGUACUGUGAGGGACUUCUUUGGAGCCAGGUCACAGAUUUUUCAACAGCUUAUGACUACACAAGAACGAAAAUGGCAUUCCGGCAGGUUCAAGCAAGCCCUAAAGCAGAGAAAUAUUACAAAAACCAGAGAAAGCGCGCUACAUAUCCGACUGAAAAGCAAAAACAAUCAUUUUACCGCAUGAUGACGAGAAUUGGUGACGAGCUGCAGGCUAGAGAGAAAAUCAUACUCGGCCCCUCCAAGACGAUACAUCUCCAGGCUCUCGAUAUCUGUUUAGCCCCGGGAGGAUAUUCCGCGACCGUCUUGAAAUAUAACCCUUAUGCUAAAGUGUGUGGUCUCAGUUUACCAAUAGACGAGGGUGGGCAUGAUGUUCUUCUCCCACGCUGGCAGACCGACCACCGCGUGAAUAUUAGGUUUACCGACAUUACUAUGCUCGCUGCAGAGAUCGGCUUUCCCGAUUUACCUUUACAAGACCAUCCACAAGCAUCCCAGUUUUCGAAUGAUUCACCUUUCGAUAGUCGGACUUUCGAUAUCGUGUUUUGCGAUGGACAGGUCCUGCAUACGCAUGUACGGGCGAACGAUUCCAAGAAUGAGGCCUUUCGACUUACUAGCGCACAAAUCAUAAUCGCACUGCAAAAAGUCAAGCCAGGCGGGACUAUGGUCAUGCUUCUACACCAAGCUUAUAGCCCACAUACUAUACGGCUCCUCGAAUCAUUUAACCAAUUUUCUCAAAUUUCGUUAUUCAAGCCGAAAGUAAGUCACGCACACCGGACCUCCUUCUAUCUCGUGGCAAAGUAUGUGGAAUCUAAAAGUGGGGCGGCGUGCCAAUUGCUACAUCACAUGCGAGGAGUCUGGAGUUCGCAUACAGUUCAGCAGUUUGGUGUGGAUUUGCCGGAGCCUUACACUGGAACAAUGCAGAGAACUCUGCAAGAGCUCAUGGAAUCGUUCGGAGAAAAGCUGGUUUCUCUAGCUGAGCCGUUAUGGGAGCUUCAGAUAAAGGCUAUGGAACGGAUGUUUCUGUGAAUGCAUGUGUUAUUUAUCUUCAUUUUGUUUCCUUAUAAGACAAUGUCGUGCCCCUUUGACGUACUUCUCACGACCGCGUGCGCUUGACUGCU